CCUGAAAGCUGACAGAGAGACGAGCUCCAGUCUCCAGUCUCCACCGUCCGCAGAACAGCACCGCUCAGUCCAGAAGCCAGAGCCGCUCGGGCUGCGCUCUCCAAGGUGCUGAACCCGACUCCGUGUUCAUCUGCAGGCAAACCGUGCGCUCUUAAGGCUGGAAAGCACCGCCAAAAGACUUUCUCCUCGCCCAAUAUAUCUCCAACGAUGACUUCUAAAUCAGCAGCAUUUGUAUCAUUUCUCCAGGCGUUUGUCCUGGUGUCACACCAGAUCCAUGCAUUCCCUACACCUGGAGUACUGAAAGACAAAACUGAAUACAAUCGGGAAUUAUCAGCGGAAAGACCGGUAGAGGAACAGAUUGCUGAAGCUGGACGGACCAGUCAAUCGACAACUACAGAGAACCAGUCCCUGCAACAGAAUGACUCAGCAGUGGAUGACUUCCUCCUGCUCAAGUCCUUGGCAGAGAAAGAAAGAAGUCAGAAGAGAGACCAUGCUACAAAAACCCAUCCGAGUGGUUCCUCACCUCCCUCUGGCAAUGCAGACUCAACCAAAAGCAGAAGGCUAGCGGAGGACUAUGGCGAUUCCACCAAAAAUGCAAUGGAUUAUGAAGAUGAAGAUGACCCCGAUGGUCUUCAUCAACUGGACGGGACACCUUUAACAGCUGAAGACAUUGUCCAAAAAAUCGCCAACAGGAUUUAUGAAGAAAACGACAGAGGAGUUUUUGAUAGAAUCGUUUCCAAGCUCUUAAACCUGGGUCUGAUAACAGAAAAUCAGGCUUACAAUCUGGAAGAUGAAGUAGCAGCAGCUCUGCAACAACUUAUUACCAAUGAAGCUCGUAAGAAUGAAGUGGAGGCUGGAAAUAUUGAUUACCCAAGUAUGAAAGUAGAUGAUGACUUGAAUGAAAGAGAAGAAGAGAAAAUGAAGAUCAAAAAGCUUAAGAAGAAUGAAGAGGAGCUUGUGAAGGGGAGUGAUGGUACUCUAGGCAACAGUUGGGUCUCAACCAAUAAUAUAAAUCAAAGAAGCAGUGUACUUGUUGCUGAUGACCUGAGUGAUCUUCAGUAUUUCCCAAACUUCUACAACCUGCUGAAGAGUUUGAACACAGAACAAGAUGCAAAGGAGAAAGAAACACUAAUAACCAUAAUGAAGACAUUAAUUGAUUUUGUGAAGAUGAUGGUGAAAUAUGGAACAAUAACACCUGAAGAAGGUGUUUCAUACUUGGAAAAUUUGGAUGCAAUGAUAGCUGUGCAGACAAAGACAAAGCUUCGUAAAGGCAAGGCUUAUCCUAUGAGUAAGGAAGCAGCAGAUCAGAGCGAAGACGUAGACAGCACUAAGAGUGAUUUUGGCAAGCCGCAGGAAGAGUCUGCAAUUUCUGAGGAUUCCACAAAAGAAGUAGAAAAAACAGAAAAUUCUAAAGAUUUUGACAAAACUGAAUCUUAUCUAUCAGCAAUCAGAAAGAAUAUCGAAUGGUUGAAGAAUCACAAUAAGCAAGGAAAUGGAGAAGAAUAUGACCUUCAGAAGCUGCGUGACGUCAUCGAUCAACAAGUUGACACCUAUGUCCAGAAAGGGAUCCUGGAGAAGGGUGAAGGAGAUGUAAUCAAACGUAUUUACAAAAGCCUGUGACAUUCUCUAAUACAAGAGGGAAGCGUCCUGAUUGUCAGAUCCUUCAACAAUGACCGGCAAUGCAACUUUUCUUAAUUCUAGUUCAUAUUAGGCUGUGUAUAAUAGAUUUUUUUUCUUGGCUGUUCUGCAACAUCAAGCAGAUUCUAAAUCAGAAUAGGGGAAUAGAGAGUCAAUAGAAAUCAUAGACAAAUAGGGAUGAUUCUAUGGCGCUAGUGGAGAAACUAUGUUGUUAGGCGGGGAAGGUUAGAAAUAAUGCUACAUAGACCGUUUCCUCAAUGCUGCUCCCUGCUGGAAGCACAGAUCCCUGACAUCACCUGAGCUGACUUCUCUUUCCCCAUUUCAGAAUAGAGACUGCUGAAUGUGCAAAUAUGGCCAUUGCACGCGAUGAAGCUUUCAAAUCUUAAACGUCCAUUUUCAACAUGAGGGACUGCAGCAGCAAUUAGAGCUUAAUUACACCAAAUCAAGUGUAAGGUUUACUGACAAUCUUUAAAGAAAUGUCCACAGCCUCUGAUGCAUGUCCAGAUUGGUCUAAUUAUCACAUAAUUGCAAGCCCUAGUUGAUUUACAAAAAAGUCAAUUUAUGCAUUCUAGGUUUCCUUUCAAAUUCAUUUUGGACUCAAAAUCCCUGAAAACAAUCACUUGCAAUGGCAAUUUAUCUGGCUAAACUUUAAAUCACACCUUCAAGAAAGCUCCUUUUAAUGUUAGUUUUAAUUUUGUUCAACUUUAGUUAAUGGCAGUAGAUUUAUGAAAUGUACAAAGGUUUGCUGCAAGUGGUUUUAAUUCUUGAAAGGCUCCAAAUUUGUUUUACUCUUUCUGUUCAAUGCAUUGCAAUGGUUUGUACAGAAUAGCUUGGUUAGUGUAUAUUAGUUCAGAAAUCCAUACUGGCUUUUUCUUCUGCCCAACAGGAUGGUUACUAAAACAGAUUUUGAGAGUAGCAUGAGUGGAAACAUUGCUCUGAACAGUAAUUCUGCAAACGAAUUAUCAUGUCCUUGUAUUUCCAUUGUUUAAUUACAAUAAAUGGUCCUCUAAAUAAUGUGUUGAGAAUCAUAGGGUGGUCAUGGCAGGGGGGGGUGGUUAGAAAUACAUAAAGUCCAGUAAUGUAUCACUUAUCUGAAUGAAAAAUAUUGCAGUUGAUUACCGGAAUGAGUUGCGUGCAAAAUCUUGUGUCCUUUGUACAAGUAAAUAGGAGCCACUUAUGUGUUGUCAGUAAAGCUCAAAAAGUACUUUGUUCAAGUGUAAAUAUUUGUUAAAUUUUCAAACUCGUGUAAAAAAUAUUAAACUGUUUUGAGUUUUCUUUA